UCGGGCCAGUUACAAUUUGUCACAGUUGGAUACAUGAUGCUCAAGCUAAGUCUGAUUACCUGGUUACUUUGUUCGCUAGCCUGGCGUACUACGCCCACAAAUUGCCGUCAAACCCGCCCACCGCCAACAAUACAACAAUUGCUAGCCACCCAACUGGAAAGCUAUAUGGAUACAAAAGCCCGACCAUGUGAGAAUUUCUAUCAAUAUGCCUGUGGCAAUUGGCAGCUGCAACAGGAUCAAGAGCAUCAGGAGCAACAUCAGCCACGUGAGCAUGCCCAACUAUUGCCUAGUGACACCCUGGAAGUGCUCGAUCAUAGUAUAAAUCGUCAAUUGGAAGUAGUAUUGCGUCGAAAUUUCAACAACACAGCGGAUGAAAUGGAAGAUGAAUCAUCAGAGAUUAUUUAUGAGAAACUGCGUCAUUAUUAUCGUUCGUGCAAACGGCUGAAGCCCUACAAUUUAAAGAAAUAUUUGCAAUUGCUGGCACCAGGAAACGAAACGCAUUGGCCUCUAUUAAGUAGGAGUUGGAAGAGAGAGAAUUUCAAUUGGCUCCAAACACUGGGAAGAUUACGUCUUUAUGGCCUAAAUGGAGUGCUGAUUAAGGAACAGAUUCUACCCCGUUGGGAUGAUUCGGUUAGCUAUAGCAUAUAUGUAGAUAAACCAAAUCUGAUGGAAACCUCGCCCAUGGGCGAAGGAGCCAUGAUAGAGCUGCUCUUGGAUAUAGGACAGACGAAGAGGGUGGCUAAUCUCUUGGCCCGUCAAGUGGAUAUCUUUGAAAGAAAGCUACAGCGAUUGCAGGAGCUGGAAGAUGAUGAGGGACCCAAAGAAAUGCAAUUAAUCUAUUUGGAGGAAUACAUGCCCGAAUUAGAAUGGCUUAGCUAUAUGAGAGAAUUACGUAGAGAUGAGGAAUUGGACAAGGAGUCGACAUUGAUUAUACAGAAUAUACCCUAUAUGAGAGCCUUGCAUCAGUUGAUCCAGAAUCAGUCACGAGAGACUGUCUGCAAUUAUAUAAUGCUGAAACUAUUGAGUUUUCUAAAGCAACAUGGACCCGAAGAAAUCUCAAAAGCCGAAUGCAUUGGCAGCCUAAGAAGAGCCAUGCCCUUGGCAAGUAGUUGGUUAAUUGGACAGAGAUUCCAUCACACAAGCAAAGAGUUAAACAUACAAAAACUAUUUAGGAAACUAAAGAAACGUUUCGAUGGAAUAUUGAAAGAGAAUCGUCUAACUCUGCCAUCAAAUAUAGUUGAGCUUUUAAGGGAUAAAUUACAAAAGAUGCGUCUGCAAGUGGGUUAUGCUCAACUAAAUGAUACCCCCUACAUAGAAAGUUAUUAUGAGGGUACUGAACUUGCCACCAACAAUUUCUAUGCCAACCAAUUGAGCUUACUACGUUUACGUGUAGAGCAAAGUCAUCAGCUAUUAACAUCUUCGAUGUUGGCCACAGAUUUAGGUAAUGUCAGUUAUCUUAUGGAAUCCUGGCAGUCCAGCAGCUCUUCCCCGUUCUAUGUAAAGCCAAGAAAUUUGGUUGUGGUUCCCUUUGGAAUGCUUCAUUUACCCAUCUGGCAUAGCAAUAUGAGUUCGAUGCAACAACACGCUGUCCUGGGAUUUGCUCUGGCCCAUGAACUGAUACAUGGUUAUGAUACAUCUGGUAUUGAUUACGAUAGCCUUGGCAACAUUAUGGGUCCCAGUGAGGAAAUAUCGAGUAAUCAACGUUUCAUGCAGGGCAUGAAUUGCCUGCAACAACAAUUGGCCACAGGAUCACGAUCUCUUAAUGAAAAGUUGGCCGACUAUGAGGCAUUACGUCUGGUGUAUGAGACCUAUUUUGGUUCACAUAGCCUUCAUCAUCAUCGUAAGCCGGAUCCAGAGCCCAGAGAUCCUUUACUUCCUCAAUUCAGUCAGCGUCAAUUAUUUUUCAUUAGUUUUGCUCAAUUCUUUUGCGGCAAAUUGCAAAGUUUAAGCCUUCAGACGACAUCCCAUCUCGAGCAUGCCGUCGAUGAAUUAAGAGUCCUGCAAACUUUGGCCAAUUUCGAGGAGUUCUCACGAGAAUUCGGCUGCGAGAGAAAAACUAAAAUGCAGGCCAGACAACGGUGUCGCGUGUGGUAAUACCAAAAUGAAAACCCCUAAAAUUGUAGAUAAAUAUUGAUCAAUAAAUCUAUAA